AUGACCCUCAAAUACCUCAUUACAGGAGCAACUGGAGGCCUCGGUUCAGGAGUCCUAUCCUACCUUGCUGCGAAUGUCCCGGCAUCAGAGUAUGCUGCAGCGUCCUCGAGAGAGGAAAAUCGCAAACAAUUCGAAGACCGAGGGAUCGCAUUCCGAGUAGCGAGCUAUGACGACCCAGAGACAUUAGAGACCGCAUUCAAAGACGUGGAGAACCUGUUCUUCGUUAGCACCAACACCUUCGACAUCGAGAAGCGGCGCAAGCAACACGAAAACUUUGUAAUUGCAGCGAAGAAGAUGAACCUAACAUGGAAGCUGCAGAUAUGGUAUACAUCUCUCGCAUUCGGUGGAUACACUUCCAACUCCAAGGCAGCCGUCCAACAAGGCCAUCUGAUGACGGAGGAAAUGCUAAAACAGGCCGAUAUCAACUUCACCUCUAUUCGUGAGGGUUUGUACACAGACGCCUUCCCGGUUUUCAUGGGCUGGUAUCCAAACGCAUCAACCGUUUACGUCCCUUCAGACGGGCCGAUUGCCUUUACACUGCGGUCAGAGCUAGGCGAGGCGAAUGCGCGGUUGAUGAUUCAGGGUGGACACGAUCGAGAAAUCGUGCUGCUCACUGCGCAGCAGACUAUCACAUUCUCUGAGAUCGUGGAUCUGAUCAACGAUACGACCGGCCGAGAUGUUCAGUUCAAGCUUGUUUCGCCAGAGGAGUUUGUGCGGUUGAAAGCGGCUGAUGACGAGGGUGGGAAGCCGGAAGGGUUCUUCCAGGCGCUGUUGUCAUGGUACGAGAGUAUUUCGAAGGGGGAGACGUGCACGAUUGAUCCGCUCAUGGGGGAGGUGCUGGACCGUCAACCCGUGCCACCGCGUGAGGCUAUUCGGGCCUUUUUGACGGAAAAUCGGGACUAUGAAUGGCAUCAGAACUAUGUUAAUCGUGGUUAG